AUGAAGCAUUUCUAUUCCAGCUCUGUCUCUGAAGAUCUGGGUUGCAGACGUGGAGAGUUUAGCAGAAAGCAUUACGGAUCUGUGGAGCUUCUUAUAUCUAGUGAUGCUGAUGGAGCCAUUCAAAGAGCUGGUCGGUUCCGUGUGGAAAACGGCUCCUCUGGUGAGAAUAUAGACUACACUCCAGGUACAUGGCACAGAACGGACGUGCAUUUGGAAAACCCAGAGUAUCAUACAAGAUGGUAUUUCAAAUAUUUUUUAGGGAAAGUUCAUCAAAAUUAUAUAGGUACAGACACAGAGAAGAACCCUUUCUUUCUGUCUGUUGUGCUGUCUGACCAAAAUAAUCAGCAUGUUCCUCAAUACCGUUCAAUACUUUGGAGAAAAACAGGUACUCAGAAGAUAUGUCUCCCUUAUAGUCCCACAAAAACAUUAUCAGUGAAAUCUAUAUUAAGUGCUAUGAAUCUUGACAAAUUUGAGAAGAGCCCAAGGGAAAUUUUUCAUCCUGAAAUACAAAAGGAUUUAUUGGUUCUUGAAGAGCAAGAGGGAUCUGUGAAUUUUAAAUUCGGAGUCCUUUAUGCUACGGAUGGACAGCUUACAGAUGAUGAAAUGUUCAGCAAUGAAACCGGAAGUGAAAGCUUUCAAAGAUUUUUGCAUCUCUUGGGUGACACAAUUACUUUGAAAGGCUGGACAGGCUACAGAGGAGGACUGGACACUAAAAAUGAUACAACAGGAACCUGUUCCAUCUAUACAGUUUUUCAAGGGCAUGAAAUUAUGUUCCAUGUUUCAACAAUGCUACCAUAUUCUAGAGAGAACAAGCAGCAGGUAGAAAGGAAGCGACAUAUUGGAAAUGACAUUGUCACUAUCGUAUUUCAGGAAGGUGAAGAGUCUUCUCCAGCAUUCAAGCCAUCCAUGAUUCGCUCUCAUUUUACACAUAUUUUUGCCUUAGUGAGAUAUAAUAAACAGAAUGAUAGUUACAGACUGAAAAUAUUUUCAGAAGAAAGUGUUCCUCUCUUUGGGCCUCCCCUUCCAUCCCCACCUGUGUUUACAAAUCAUCAGGAGUUUAGAGAUUUUGUGUUAGUGAAACUAAUAAAUGGGGAAAAAGCCACCUUGGAAACCCCAACGUUUUCUCAGAAACGUCAACGCACUCUAGACAUGCUGAUCCGCUCUUUAUACCAAGACCUGAUACCUGAUCUACACAAGAAUAUGCUCAAUAGAAGAUCUUUCAGUGAUGUGUUACCAGAGUCCCCAAAAUCAACACGGAAAAAAGAGGAAGCUCGGCAAGCAGAGUUUGUCCGACUUGGUCAGGCAUUGAAAUUGAAAACUGCUGUGAAAGAGGAUGCCACAGCUAACUUGGCAACUACAAGCUUUUGUAAAAAGGAGCCUUGGGAAUCUCAAUCUUUCUGCAGUAACUUUCCUCAUGAAGUUGUCUGUGCAGAUUCUUGGGGUCAGUCCUUGCUGGUUUCUACAGAUGCUGGCAUCUUGUUAAUAAAUGAUGGUCAACCGUCAGUGCAAGUGUUUGAUAAAACUCUUCAAAUAAAGCAGAUGCAUGUGUUGGAAGCUCUGGAUCUUUUGAUUGCCCGAACAGACAAAGGGAAAGACUCUCGUCUCCUUGUCUUCAGACUCAGUGCUGUCCAAAAAGAUAUAGAAACAAAGAAAAUGAUAAGAAGCAAAUACGACUGCAGAGAAAAUAAACUGGAGAGAACAAAAGGCUGCCAUUUGUAUGCCAUUAAUACUCACCAUGGAAGUGAACUGAGGAUUGUUGUGGCUAUUCGGAACAAACUACUUCUCGUCACAAAGAAAUAUAAUCCAUGCAACAGUUUAACCAGCAGCUCUCUGCUCUUGUCAUCUGAAUCUCCAGUAGAGGAGUUCCAGUACAUCCGGGAAAUAUGCCUUUCUGACCCUCCAGUGGUGAUGACGCUGGUGGAUGGACCUGCUGGAGACAGUGACAAUAUGAUCUGUGUAGCAUAUCGGCAUCAGUUUGAUUUAGUCAAUGAGAGUACUGGGGAGUCCUAUAGAUUGCAUCAUGUUGAAACAAACAAGGUUAAUUUUGUUGCAGCUAUUGAUGUAUAUGAAGAUGGCGAAGCUGGUCUACUGUUGUGUUAUAACUAUGUUUGCCAAUACAGAAAGGUAUAUCCUUUCAAUGGAGGUUCUCCACUGAUCCAGCCAUCAGCUUAUGACUUCCACUUCAGCUGGAAUCAAGUUCCUUAUGCUGUUGUAUGUGCUUUCCCUUAUAUCCUUGCCUUCACUACUGAUUCCAUUGAGAUCCGAUUAGUGGUGAAUGGGAACUUAGUCCACACAGCAGUUGUUCCUGAACUUCAACUUGUAGCAUCAAGGUCAGAUAUUUAUUUUAAAACUACUGCUGCAGUAAGUGGAUCAUCGGACAGCAGCUCUAAGGAAAUGAGUUCAAGGAGUUCUCCUCAAACACCAACAUCUUAUGAAAUGCCAGAAUGUUCUCUUUCUUCUUUAGAAGGUGAAGUUCCAUGCAAAAAACUGUACAAAAUUCCUCUCAGUAAUCUGGUUGGGCGAAGCAUUGAACGGCCUCUGAAGUCACCUUUGGCUCCCAAGGUCAUCACUACUACAACAUCUAGUGGCAUUGCCUCUCUUCCAGUUACUCACUCGCUGUCCUUGUCUCGUAUGGAAAUUAAAGAAAUUGCAAGCAGAACACGUAAAGAAUUGCUGGGCCUCUUGGAUGAUCCUAUACCCAAGACAGAAAGUGCACAGAAGCAAAAAAAGGUUCCUCGAAGACAGUCAGACCCCAAGCAGGGAGCAGUAAGAUCAACUAGUAGUGACAGAAUAAUAUCAAGCUCUUUUGAAAGCUAUUCUGAAGGACGUCAUCUUUCCACUAGUUCAGACCCCGAUACUUUAUCAAACAGGGAGGAGAGCUCACCAUCUAGCUAUCCAUUUCAGCUGAUUUCUUUAUAUGAUGAAGACAUCAUUGACUUGAAGUGAAGACAGUCUUAAAACCUUUCUUCCUUACUUCACACUUUCUUACAAAUCUGUGAGCUCUAUGGGAAUGUCACAAACACUGCUUCUAGUGGUAAAAUGUGGCUGGAAGUAUUGGUUAUUACUCUUUAUAGAACCUAUGUUGUUCUGGCUAGCUCAGCCUGGUUUGGUGAUGCUUGUAUCUCUGACAUAGGUAUGUUUACUUUUCUCAGUUAAUGAGCCGUUACUUUUUGUGGCAUUCUAACAGUAGGUAAUCAAUGAGAGAUUUAGGCUGAAGCUGAAGUAAAUAAAAGGUAUUACUUGUUCCAAGCUUAUAAUUUGAAGUACCUAAAUGACAUUUAGCUAAGUUAAUCGCUGUUAUUA